AUGAUGGAGGGUGAGUGGUCUUGGCUCGGCUUGGCGAGCUGCCUGCCGCUGCCCGAGCGCUUUCGCUUGCGCCGCGUCAGCGCCACCGCGGAGCGUGUGGUGCGCUGGCAGCUGGCACAGCUGGCGAUGGAUGCCGGCUCCUUCCGUGAACGCUGGGAUGUCGACUUCUUCCAAGGCUUUUUGCCCGACCUCCAGCGAAUCCUGCUCUUUGCACAGCUCACGGAGGACGCUGAGUCCACCCUGCCCAGCUGUACCAGCUUAGCGCCGUGGGUGUCCCUGACGCGCCGCUUCGCGCCCUUAGCGCUGCGUCCCAGCGCCCACGCGGUGGAGCUGCAGAGAUCACUGGAGGAGAUACCCACUGGUACGUUGCUUCAGUUGCAGGGGCGCCUCAUGAUUUCCAACUGCUUCAACUCGCUGCUGCAAAAGGGCCCCCACGUUGAGGGUCUGUGGAUCCUACGGCGGAGCGGAGCUGCUGCAUCGUGGUCGUCGUCCGGCCGCGGAACGCUGGAGGAUGCCAGCGCAGCGGUGCUGGAGCGUUUCGGCGAGCCAAAGGCCACCAUAAGCCUGCAUGAGCAUCAGCGCUUCCAUGGUCGCUGCGCGCUCCCACGGCCAGAAGUGUCCUGGCGCUACCUCGUGGAUGUCUUCGGCAGCGUCUCGGACGGUGAGGUGGCCGCGCUGUUGGUGGCGGCCGAGAUCGAACACGUGCCCUUGCCGCGGCUUCUGGCGCAGGCGGCACGCCAGGCAGUGGCGCAGGGGCAGGAGGCCAUGCUCCUUCGUUGGGCCAUGGAUGGAGCGGAGCCCGUUUGCGUGCGGGUGGCCAUCUACGACGCAAGCGGCUUGAAGGCCACGGUGGAUGAAGUGUCCAUUUCUUCCCACCAUCGUUGGGCAGUGCCUCCCGCCGAGCCAGCAGCGCACGGAUGA